UCCAAAGCUAAGAUUGCUUCCUACGUCUCCAUAGCGUAGGUCCAUCUCAUCGACGUCGUCGGAGAGCUCAUAGUCAAACCCGCAAUUAGCUCGAGGUGAAGUAAUUUUCAUUUCAAACACCAUUCGAUCAGUGCAGCCCGAAUCCUCACUAGUUUGGGUAAAUGCUUCUAAGUUCGACCCUAGAAUGCAGGUGCCUACACUGAAGGAUAAGGGCCGACCAAGCUCCGAGUUUGCUAAUGCUCGCGUGGACUUUAGUGGAUUGGAUGUAACCAAGGUAACGAUAUUCCAAAGUCAAGUGCGAGAAAGCGCCGGUCCUGGCGCCUGGAGUGACACAACCGCCGAUACCACAGGUACCCUUGGCGAGAAUUACCCUCAGAUUACUGGAGCACUGACUCCCGGUACCGACUACACGGGCACAAGAGCCGAUCCCGCUGCCUACGAAUCUGGACUCACUUGCAAAGAAUUAGGUCUAUGUGAGGCAGUCCAAACCUUUUUGGUUCAGUAUAUGAUCCAUCAAGACGUACAUGCUUUGUUCGCCAACCCUGGGUUGGGUAACAGUGCUGGCUUUGAUCUCCGCUUGCUGGUUGAUGUGUCCUAUGAGACGGAUAUGGCCAGUGCCACACGUCGUCGUCGUCGUCGCCAAGCAUCCACAGACACAGGCAACACCGGAGUUCAACCGGCUUCAGAUCCUGCACAGGAUGGUCAGGGACCAGCCAGCAUUUCGGCAAGCGGUGAUAUUGUGGGUUCCGAUCAGGUUGCGGCAACGGACGACAGUGACAGCGCCACUGGGGCAAUAUCGUCCUCGUCGUUCAUGAUAGUAGCUUUAGCCGUAAUCAGUUUGGCACUCCGAUAAUAAUAUAUAAUGACCAACAGCAGGUGCUAAGAAUUCCAACUUG